ACGUGCAUGAAAAUUUUGAACUUCACUUGACUACUUCUUUCUCUGAUAUUUAAAUCCUUCUCCAUAUAGGUUUUCUUUCUACUAAUUAAUUAAGCUGAGACCAAAGCAUGGAGAAGGAGUUAUUGGAAGGAGCAGAUCCAGUUCAUGAUGAACUCAUUCAUGACGACAAAAAAAGACGCAAGGGUGGCUUCAUUACCAUGCCUUUCAUCAUAGCAAAUGAGGCAUUAGCUAAGCUGGCUAGUGUUGGGCUUAUACCAAACAUGAUAUUGUAUUUGACUGAAGAUUACAGGAUAAGAGUAGUGAAAGCAACAAAAAUUAUGUUCUUAUGGUUAGCAGCUACUAAUUUCAGUCCUUCUGUGGCUGCUUUUGUGGCUGAUUCUUAUAUGGGUCGCUUUCUUGCUAUUGGUUUAGGUUCAAUUCUCAGUUUUCUGGGAAUGGCAGUGAUGUGGUUAACAGCCAUGAUUCCACAGGCAAGGCCACCCUCUUGCAAUCAUCACUCAACAGAAAACUGCCAAUCUGCAACUUCGUCUCAAAUAGCUAUAAUAUUCUCUUGUUUUGCUCUCAUAUCCAUUGGAGGAGGUGGAAUUUCAUGUUCCUUAUCAUUUGGUGCCGAUCAACUCAGCAAAAAAACUGAUCCUAAGAAUCAAAGGGUGUUGGAAAGCUUCAUAAGUUGGUACAUAGCUUCUCAAGCUAUUGCUGUAGUUUUUUCCAUGACAGCGAUAAUCUAUAUCCAAGAUCAUCUUGGUUGGAAACUAGGUUUUGGUGUUCCAGCUGCCGUUAUGUUCUUGUCAACUUUGUUGUUCUUCCUUGUUUCGUCGCGUUAUGUCAAGAACAAACCACAUAGCAGCAUGCUUAGUGGCUUUGCUCAAGUAAUAGUUGUUUCCUAUAAGAACAGAAAUCUCUCACUUCCACCUAAGGAUUCAGUUGGAAUGUAUCACCAAAACAACGACUCAACCCUUGUUGCUCCGACUGAUAGAUUAAGGUUUCUGAAUAAAGCCUGCAUCAUCAAAGACAAAGAAAAAGAUAUAGCCUCUGAUGGAUCAGCCUCAAAGAGAUGGAAUCUAUGUACAAUAGAUCAAGUUGAAGAGCUAAAAGCCAUCAUCAAAAUCAUUCCCAUUUGGUCUUCAAGUAUCAUGGUGUCAGUUAGCAGUAGCCAGUCCUCAUAUCAUUUGCUACAAGCCCAAACCAUGGACAGACACAUCACUUCAAACUUUGAAAUUCCAGCAGGAUCGUUCGGUGUCUUCAUAAUGUUGGCAGUGUUCAUAACUGCAGGCGUUUACGACCGUAUCUUCCUUCCUCUCGCGUCAAAGAUAAGAGGAAAACAAGUUACUAUCAGUGCCAAAAAAAGAAUAGGAAUUGGAAUUUUUUUCUCCAUUCUAGACUUGGUAGUUUCAGCAAUUGUGGAAACUAUAAGGAGAAAAAAAGCAAUUCAAGAAGGAUAUAUUGAUAAUCCAAAAGCAGUUUUAAACAUGUCUGCAAUGUGGCUUAUUCCACAUAAUAUCCUCUGUGGAAUGUCAGAAGCAUUUAAUGCAAUAGGACAAUCAGAAUUCUAUUACUCUCAGUUUCCAAGCAGCAUGUCAAGCAUUGCGGCGUCGCUGUUCACCUUAGGAUCUGCUUUUGGAAACCUACUUGCUUCUCUUAUAGUCAGCAUUGUUGAUGACAUUACUUCAAGAGGGGGAAAAGAGAGUUGGGUCUCGGAUAAUGUUAACAAGGGUCGUUAUGAUAAGUAUUAUUGGCUUCUUACGAUAAUGAGUAUUCUUAAUAUAAUGUACUAUUUGAUUUGUAGUUGGACUUAUGGACCAAGUGAUGUUGAAGCUACAUCAGAGAAGGAGGAACGGUUAACUAUACGAGCGAGUCGCGUUCAUCAUGAAAAAGAGGCCUCUUAGGUGCAGAAUCCAAUCCACAACAAAUUGUUAACUUAAUAAUAGUCAUGUCAUGCUGGUCUGGUCUGGUCUGGUCACAAUGUAAUUAAUUAAAUCUAAAACUGUUUGCUACCAAAAUUAGAGAAGAACUCAAUUUGGUUAGUACUUGGUAUUUCUUUUUUUUACUUUUUUUGGUUCUGCCAUUCAAGGUGUAACAGUUCC